CUCUCUCUCUCUCUCUCAUUCCAACCAUGCAAGCCUGCCACUUCUUCUCGACCACCGUACCACCCUCUAAACUCGAAACUCAACCCAAAACAAGACCCCCAAUCACAUGCAAAAUGCUCAUCAACCCUUCAAAGAAGUCUCUCCCACACAAACUCAUUCCACCACCAGAUCACAACCACCACCCCUUGACCAGACAGCCAGCAGGGGCCGUGAUAGAGCCCAUCCGCCCACACCCACCUAAGCUGAACCCACUUCAAAAAUUAGCAGCCUCGGCCCUAGACACGGUCGAAAAAUCACUUACCUCGAAACUAGAAAAGAAACCCGAGCUGAACCGGACAGCUCAGCUGGAAGGGAACUUCGCUCCGGUCCAAGAAUGCCCGGUUCAGCACGGUCUCGAAGUGGUCGGCGGCGUCCCGGAUGGUCUGCGUGGGGUCUACUUAAGAAACGGUGCCAACCCAAUGUUUGAGCCAAUCAACGGGCACCACCUGUUUGACGGUGACGGCAUGAUUCACGCCGUUAGUUUGGGGUUGUUCGGGGAGGGAGCCAGCUACUCUUGCCGCUUCACUCGCACAAGCCGGCUUCGACAGGAAGCCGCAUUGGGUAGGCCGAUUUUUCCCAAACCGAUCGGCGAGCUGCACGGCCAUCUCGGCUUGGCGCGGCUCGCACUGUUAUCGGCUCGGGCUUGUAUUGGCCUGGUGGACCCGUCCCGAGGCACCGGCUUGGCUAAUGCCGGGUUGGUGUAUUUUAAUGGUCGGCUUUUGGCCAUGUCAGAGGAUGAUCUCCCCUACCACGUCCGCAUCACGGAUGAUGGUGAUCUCGAGACGAUCGGACGGUUCGAUUUCGAUGGGCAGCUUGAAGGGUCCAUGAUUGCCCAUCCUAAGGUGGACCCGGUUACAGGUGAUCUCUAUGGGCUAAGCUACAACGUGCUGAAAAGGCCUUACCUUAGGUACUUCAAAUUCGGCACGUGCGGGAAAAAGUCACGUGAUGUAACGAUUUCCCUCCAACAGCCAACUAUGAUUCAUGACUUUGCCAUAACGGAAAGCCACGUGAUCAUCCCGGAUCAGCAAGUGGUGUUCAAGUUAUCCGAGAUGAUCGGGGGCAGGUCGCCCGUUAUGCAUGACCCGGGAAAGAUUUCCCGGUUCGGGAUUUUGCCCAAAAAUGAUACGGACGAGUCACGAAUUAAGUGGGUUGAUGUACCUAAUUGUUUCUGCUUUCACUUAUGGAACGCAUGGGAGGAAAAAACCGAAGAAGGCGAUCCGGUUAUUGUGGUAAUCGGGUCGUGCAUGACCCCGCCCGAUUCAAUUUUCAACCGAACCGAUGACCCGAUCAGGAGCGAAUUAACCGAGAUCCGACUCAAUGUGACGACAGGCACGUCAACCCGAAGAGUCAUUGUCGCAAACCUGAAUUUAGAGGCCGGACAAGUGAACAAGCAGCGACUGGGCCGAAAAACCCAGUUCGCUUACUUGGCAAUAGCGGAACCGUGGCCAAAGUGUUCCGGUAUUGCCAAGGUCAACUUGGGCAACGGGCAAGUGACCAAGUUCGUGUACGGCGAUCUGAGGUUCGGAGGCGAGCCGUGUUUUGUGCCGGCGGGGGACGUGGGCGGAGACGAAUAUGAAGGGUUUUUGAUGAGUUUUGUGAGAGACGAGAGGAGAGAGGUUUCGGAGUUGGUGAUACUGAAGGCUUCGAACAUGAAGCAGGUGGCUUCGGUGAGGCUGCCGAGUAGAGUGCCCUAUGGUUUUCAUGGCACAUUUGUUAGUGCACAUGAUUUAAACAAGCAGGUGCUCCGUAAUUGUUAAGUUCGCUUCGUUUAAUGUACGUAUUUGUAAUAGUAUAGGUCUGUACGUUCAUAUU